AUGUCAAUGGCUGGCGUCAAAUACAUCAAGAAGACCAAGGACGCCGAAGGUGACGCGCCUGUCAAGAAGGCAGGAACACGCGCAGCUGCCAACACAAAGGCAAAGGUCACCACCAAGCCCGAGACCGAGACCACCACAACGACAGGCAGAGGACGCGGCAGACCGAAGGCAGCUGCCAAAACAGAAGAGGGUGCGUUGCACCACGUACGACAAAUCUCGGUCGAUCGACAGGCUAAAACAAUGUCAGAAGCACCCAAGAGAAAGCCUGGUCGCCCAAAGAAGACCACCACAGAAGAUGCCCCAGCAAAAACAACUCUGGCAACCAGAAAGCGCAAGGCCACAGCUACCCCCGAGCCGGCCGUCGCAAAGAAGGCCAAGGUUGCCCCCAAGGGCCCGGUCAUCAACGAGGCCCCUACCCAGCGCCUUGAUGUCUUCGUCUGCGGCGAAGGCUCAUCCGGCGAAUUGGGUCUUGGUACAUCAAAGAAGGCUAUCGAUGUCAAGCGCCCGCGUCUGAACCCCAACUUGGCUGCCGCCUCGGUCGGUGUUGUACAAAUCGUUGCUGGAGGCAUGCACGCUUUGGCCCUGACUCACGACAACAAGAUCCUCACCUGGGGUGUCAAUGAUCAAGGCGCACUCGGAAGAGACACUACGUGGGAUGGUGGCCUUCGCGACGUUGAAGAUGAGGAGGACUCCGACUCGGACGAUGAGGACGCCGACUCAGGCAUGAACCCCAAGGAGGCCACGCCCACUGCCAUUUCAUCCGACAUCUUCCCUGAGGACACUGUCUUCGUUCAAGUUGCUGCUGGUGAUUCGACGUCAUUUGCUCUCACCGACGAUGGUCAGGUCUGGGGUUGGGGUACCUUCAGAAGUAACGAGGGCAUCUUCGGCUUCACCACAGACGUCCUCGUACAACGCACACCGAUGCUCAUUUCCGGCCUGAAGAAGAUCAAGCACGUCAGCUGCGGCGCCAACCACGUCCUCGCCCUUGAUGCCAACGGUGCCGUUUUUGCUUGGGGCUCAGGCCAACAAAACCAGCUCGGUCGUCGUGUCGUCGAGCGCACAAAGACUCAAGGUCUCGUUCCCAGAGAGUUCGGUCUUCCUAAGAAGUCCAUCAAGUACAUCCAAUGCGGUGACUACCACAGUUUCGCUAUCGACAACAAGGAUCGCGUCUGGGCUUGGGGCCUCAACAACUUCGGAGAGACUGGUGUACCCGACAACGCUGGCGAGGAUGAUGCCGUCGUUCUCAAGCCUGAAAUUAUCGAGACUCUUUCUGGAAAGCAAGUAAGCUGCAUCAAGGGAGGUGGUCAUCACAGUAUCGCUGUGACUGGCGCUGGCGAGUGUCUAGUCUGGGGUCGUCUCGAUGGUGGACAAUGUGGUAUCGCCACUGAAGAUCUACCAGCAGACUCUCUGAUCAAGGACGAGAAAGGCAACCCUCGUAUUCUCAAGAACCCCACUGUGGUCAAGAGCAUCCAAGGCAAGGUCGCUUUCGCAACAGCCGCAUCAGACCAAUCUUUCGCCAUCACUGAGGAAGGUCAUGCUUACUCAUGGGGUUUCUCCUCCAACUACCAGACCGGUCAAGGUACUGAUGACGAUGUCAUGGUUGCUACCAAGAUUGACAACACUGCCACCCGCGGCAAGAUGCUCAACUACGCAGCCGGUGGUGGUCAAUUCAGCAUUCUGACGGCUCCCGCACAAGCUACUGCUAACGGCAGUGCUUAA